AUGUUCGAAACUAUGGCAGCCGCGGCCGGCGCCAAGCCCGCCGCGCGCGGCGUCGCGCACAGCGUGUUCCGCAUAAUGGCAAACAGCAGCGGCGGCAGCGGCAGCGGCAGCGGCAGUAGCCGCUCGUCGGCGGAGGCGAGCGACGCAUCGUCGCGCGGCAGCGGCGGCGGCGGCGCGUCGCGGCGCGCGUAUGCAGACGUGGUAAAGGCAGAUGCGACGGCGUCGCUGGACCGGGGCGCGCGGCUUCAGCACCGCGGGGUGGGCGAAUUGCAGGAUGAGGCGAAGGUGACGAGCCUGCUGGGCGUCUGGCAGCAGCGGCUGCAACAGCAGCAGCAGCGGCAGCAGCAGCAGCGGCAGCGGCAGCAGCAGCUGCGCGCGCGGCAGCACCAGGUGUGGCAGCGCCAGCAGCAGCUGCUGAAGCAGCACGGGCAGCGGCGGGACGAGGGGGAGGGCCCGCAGAACGCGCAGCACGCGCCGCACGGGCAGGCGCCGGGCAAGGCGGGGCGCGUGAGCGCCCCCAACGCGAUACCGGCGUGCGGGCCGCCGCGCCUGUUUUGA